AUGAUGGAGGUGUUUGAAACCAACCCUUUUUACUACCACGAUCAGCGCUAUCUGGUUAGUGAAAACCUGGUGUUUCCGCACUUGGAUGGAGCUGGGGUGUCCCCCCUCUACCCGGGUAGCGAGGACGGCCUGUCCCCUGUCGGAGACGCCAGCCAAGCCGAGCCAAGCUGUGACAGUGGCGGAGAGGAGCACGUGUACGCUCCGCCCGGCCUGAAGUCCCACUGCCCCGGGCAGUGCCUCAUCUGGGCUUGUAAAGCGUGCAAGAGGAAAUCGGCCACGACCGACAGGAGGAAGGCGGCUACUCUCCGCGAGAGGAGGAGGCUCAAAAAAAUCAACGAGGCUUUCGAGGCGUUAAAACGCAGGACGGUGCCAAACCCGAACCAGAGGUUACCCAAAGUGGAGAUUCUCCGCAGUGCCAUUCACUACAUCGAGAAACUCCAGGAUCUGCUGCAUAGCUUCGACCAGCAGGAGAAAAUGCAGGAGAACGUGGACCCGAUCAACGACUGCAAAAGCUCCCAUUCAGUAACCAGUACAGAUUGCUGGGGAACAAACGGCUGUCCUUCAGAAUGGGGCAAUCUGUCUGAUCAUUCGAAUAUCACAAAUAAACUCCACAAAGAUGGAAAUAGCUCGGAAGCAUCAGGCGCCAGCAGUCUUCACUACCUGAGCUCAAUAGUAGACAGUAUUUCAACGGAAGAGACACCUACACUAUAUACCCACGACUCAAAUGCAAAGUAA